AUGGAGGACGAGCUGCCCUGUUGCCAUGACAACGCUACAGGCAAAGUGGGUCAGCGGGCUGCUGCCACGCCUGUUGAUGCUGAUGAUGCUGUUGUGUCUCCAGGCUGUAAGGAGUGCUGCGAGCGAUGCGUCGGCAGUCUGCCCUGGGCGUCGCUCAUCGCCACCAUCUUGCUCUACAUGGGCGUGGCCUUGUUCUGUGGGUGUGGCCAUGAGGCUCUGAGCGGCACCGUCACCAUCCUGCAGAACUACUUCGAGGUGAUCCGAGCUCCCGGAGACGUGCUGGACGUCUUCACCAUCAUCGACAUCCUGAAGUACAUCAUCUACGGCCUCGCCGCCGGUUUCUUCGUGUUCGGAGUGCUGCUGCUGGUGGAGGGCUUCUUCACCACCGGCGCCAUCAGGGAUCUGUACGGAGAGUUCAAGAUCACCGCCUGCGGACGCUGCCUGACUGCUUUCCUCAUGGUUCUGGCCUACCUGUUCUUCCUGGUGUGGCUCGGCGUCACGGCGUUCACCAGCCUCCCGGUCUUCAUGUACUACAACGUCUGGUCCAUGUGUAAGAACGCCACCUCAGUGGAGGGAGCCAACCUCUGCCUCGACCUGCGCCAGUUCGGAGCAGUGACCAUCUCGGAGGAGAGGAAGGUGUGCAUGGGCUCUGAGAAGUUCCUGAACAUGUGCGACUCUAAUGAGCUGGACCUGACCUUCCAUCUGUUUGUGUGUGCGCUGGCAGGAGCCGGAGCCGCCGUCAUUGCCAUGGUCCACUUCCUGAUGGCGCUGGCCGCUAACUGGGGCUACCUGAAGGACGCCAGCCGGAUGCAGAAGUACGAAGACAUAAAGUCGAAGGAGGAGCAGGAGCUGCAUGACAUCCACUCCACGCGCUCCAAAGAACGCCUCAAUGCCUACACAUAAAUCCAGAGCCACCCGGAAACAACACACACUUACCUGUCAGACACACACACACACACACACACACACACACACACACACACACACACACACACACACACACACAGUGGCUGAUACAAGCCUGAGGACAUCAUAAAUCCAUCAGACAGGAGAAAAACACAGAAAGAAAAGAUGAAAACUCCGACACCAUCAUCAUCCUCGUGUCUGCAGAUCAGUGGCUCUGGUGCUUCUGUUUGUCCUGAGUGGAACCUUUAACCUUUGACCUUGAACAAAUAAAAUCAGCUGAACCUUCUAAAGAUCCCAACGUUUAGCAGCCUGAACGGCAGAGCAAUUCUUACAGCAUAAGAUUUACAGAAACCAACGAAACAAACCAGAACCGGCGACCCAAAGAGCCGGAGCGCAAAGUUAGUUCUAAAGCCGAGGAUCCCGGCAGAGACGGAGAUGAGAGUGGUGUCCAGGGGCUCAUCAGUAAAUAACAGCCCCUUCCUUUAACCUGCAGCGCGCACACACACACACACACACACACACCCCCACACACACACACACACACACACACACACACACACACACACCCCACACACACACACACACACACACGUCGAUGUGACUGAAUGGUCGGUGUUGUGCAGGCAGUGUCGUUCGGUGGUGUCAUGCUGUGUCGUUCCUCUCACCACACUAUGAUGGCGGUGUUGCAGAGAAAAAGGUCCAGAGUAAAUUUGUGCCUGCUGGGUGCAGAUGGGUCGCUUUGCCAACUCCCCCUCCCCAACCUGUUGCCCCACCGUCCGGUUCCCCUGAAGUCCAGUUUCACUGGUUGCUCCUUAAAUUCUUGAACCUUCUAAUGGAAAACCAGCAAAACAACGACAAUAAAGGCCCAAAUUGUUGCUUCAUUCAGAGAAACUAUUGAGCAAAAGACAAAUAAAGGAUUUUAAAAAGCUCCAGUGAAGCUGGCGCCCCUCCCCGCCCCGUUUCCCCUGGACUGUAAAAACUCGUCGUUGUCUUUAGAGACAGCAAAUCUUAGCAGCACAAAGUCUUUUUGUCCUGUUCUCAUCCGUCUGUUUUCCUCAUGAUUUUAUCACUUUGGGGGAUUUUUGAUUAUUUAUGUGUAAUUUUAGCACUGAGGGUAUUUAAGUGGGAGGUCAGGGGUCAGCUGGGAAUAGGGUUUAUGUCACAUGAGUUCAUGUAAUGAGUCUGUAUUUCAGUGGUUCUGCACACCACCCCCCGCACGCACACACACACACACACACACACACACACACACACACACACACACACACACACACACACACACACACACACACACACACACACACACAGCUUCUUUCUGUUGUCACGGUUUCUUCCGUUCUCAACCAGCCCGAAUGUGACCAAAUGUCCUCAGUAAGUUAGAAAACCACGAUGCGAACAGUGAGCACGUCACCAGGAGACGAUCCGAGGCCUGAGCCAGCUUCUUCGGGUUCCUGCAGGGGGCGCUGCUGAGUCUUAGAGAAAACGGCGAUGAAACAGUGAAUGAGCUGCGUGUUCAGGAAUGAUUUGCUCUACUGCGGCUUUUUGUGGUUUUAUUACUUCUUUGGUGUCUUACAUAAUCUCCUCAGGUGCUUCAGAGCUGGAAAGCUGUAAUCUGGAUGAUGUGGGACCAGCCGGCUGCUUUGCGAAGCUUCACAUAGAACCAGAUGUUUGAGAUUUUGACUUUAAAUCAACUUCGCAUUAAAUUUGUCCAGAGUCGCUCAGUCUCUGUGAGAUGCAGCGUUUUUCAGCUCCUCAGACUAGAUAGAAGAAUUUGGUUUUGGUUUUGCGGCUGUUUUGGCUUCGUUCGGGACGGUGAUGAGUCUCUAUCUGCCAGUAGAGAUGAGCCAGUUUGGGUUCUGAUUGGCGAACGGGCGGCGAAACGAGCUGCAAGCACUAAAACGAUGCAAACUCAAAAAAAAAAGAAUAAAA